AGCGGCAGCCAUUUUAACUUUUGGCGUCGAAAAUACGGCGAGGAAAUCUGAGGAAGCCGGAGAUCCUGUUCGUCUGUGUGGUUUUUUUGCAUCCAGCGCAAGCAGUGUGUAGUGCUCGAGGGCCCGUGGAACCAGUGAGUGUGCGAGGAAGUUGAGAAGUUUGAGAAGAAACCGAUCCGGAAUCUAACCAAGAGCGAAGAUGUCGAUGUCUGCCACGUGCUACAAGUGCAACCGGCCGGGCCACUUUGCCCGGGACUGCAGUCUCGGCGGCGGCGGCGGGCCGGGCGGCGUUGGUGGAGGCGGCGGCGGUGGCGGCGGUAUGCGCGGCAGCGAUGGCGGCGGCAUGCGUCGCAACCGCGAGAAGUGCUACAAAUGCAACCAGUUCGGGCACUUCGCACGUGCCUGCCCCGAGGAGGCCGAGCGCUGCUACCGCUGCAACGGCAUCGGGCACAUCUCGAAGGACUGCACCCAGGCGGACAACCCGACCUGCUAUCGGUGCAACAAGACCGGACACUGGGUGCGCAACUGCCCGGAGGCCGUCAACGAGCGCGGGCCGGCCAAUGUGUCGUGCUACAAGUGCAACCGCACCGGACACAUCUCCAAGAACUGCCCGGAGACCUCGAAGACUUGCUACGGCUGCGGCAAGAGCGGACAUCUGAGGCGCGAGUGCGACGAGAAGGGCGGACGGAACUAGGCCGUGGUACCACCUCACAAAAUGUAAUCAUCGAAGGAGGAAUGAGUAAUAAUUCAACACACGAAGAACAACCCGAAGAAGAGAAAGAAAAAACAUAAAAAAACGAAAAAUCAAUUUGCUACAACAUUCACAAAAGCCAGCCAACAGCAACAACAACAACAUCAAGAAGCGAUAGCAGCACCCAAGUCAUGAUCAACCCCUCCAAAAUACAUCCCCCCAUUAAUACACAUGCAGAUACUAUAAUCUAAUCCAAAAAUUAUCCAGUAAACCAUCUCUGAUUCCAAAAGCCGAGCCUGCAGCGCGGUGCCAACGUCCCGAGAACUGAGAGAAGAGAAGCAGAAUUAGCUUUCCGAGGAGGAAAGCCAGAAGAAUCAGUGGCCAAGGAGGAAGAAAGGCUCUUCGAGCUGUGGUACGAAGAAGAAGACGAAGACGAUAGCCAACGGCAGCUGUGCAGCCGAGAGAGCAGAUGACGCCGACGAAGAGGAUGAAGAUGAAGAUGAGGAAGAGGAAGACUCGACGACCCAAUUUGUAAGAUGAGACUAAACCGCAACAGCAACAAGAGAAUUCACCAAGCAAACCACUUUACUAUAAUUAUACCUAUAUGAUUAUGCUGCAAAAAGUGUUUGAAUUUACUAAUUACAUUAUAACGAAUGGAAUGAAACUAUAUAAGAUUAUAUAAAGAAAAAAUACCUUAAAA